CAUGAACACGUGCGACGAUCGCCUUAUGCAUACAUAGCAGCAUAGUGAGUGGAAACGGGGCGUGACCUCACGUAUCCUUCAGUUCUUUUGGGAUGAAUAGAAGACCAGUGGCAGGUGCCAAAGCAGCGCAGGUGGUAUGUGAGGAAAUAUUUGAUGAAGACUCAGUAGCCACUCAUGAUGAGGUGCUCGAGUUCGCCAAGCGGAUCGGCAUCGACCCGGAGAGCGAGCCGCACCUGCUGCACAUCGCCGACGAGGGCGUCAACCAGACACUGCCGGCAGGCUGGAAGCCCUGCUUCGAGGAGCAGCAGGGGCUUCUCUACUACUUUAACUUCCGCUCUGGUGAAACACGAUGGGAGCAUCCUUUGGAUGCCAUCUACCGGGAUAAAGUGGUACUGGCCCGCAAACAGCUGUCGUCGACUGCAGGUGGCAGCACUGUGCCGGAGUUUGGCCGUUCCCGCCGGCUCUGCGCCGAGGAGGAGCGGGAGAAAAAGAACGUCUCAUUCGCUCCCAGCGUUCACCAGAUCGAGUUUGAUUUAGACGAGGAAGAGGAAGACUACCAGGACGACCAAGAGGAUGCAGACAUAAUCAAUGAAAAACAAUCAGCCUCCUGGCUGAGAGAAAAAUUGGAUGAGCCGGGUCGGCACGGCGGCGACCGCCUGACUCUGCUGCGCACGGCGCCGGACCGCGAUGACUCGCUGGAGAUGGCCCAGGACCUGACGGAGGACUCUCAGAUGUCGCUACACGCCAGCGAGGGCUCCGAGUCGCCGCGCCGCGAACUGGAGCGGCGCAAAGAGGCCGAGGUGCGCGCCGCGCUGCUGGAGCGGCGUCGCGAGGAGGAACGGGACAUCCCGUACCAGAAUAACCGGGACGCGGCCCGUCCGCUGAGCUUCACCGAGAAGCUGCUGGCGCGGAAGGCGAGCGCGCCGCCGCCGCAAAACGCGCCGCCUCUGAUAACGACCCCGACCACCCCCAGCAGCCGCGCCAAGCAGGAGCUGGCACGGGGCGCGCCGUCCGAGGUUAAGAUCGCGCACGAUCAGCGCGAGAAGGGCCGGCCGGAGGCGAUCCCGUUCAUCGACGAGCCCUCGGAGGCGUCGCUGCGGAAGGCCGGCAAGUUGCGGCGCUCGGCGAGCGGCGAGGACGGCUCCGGGGACGCUCAGGAGGAUGGGUCGGAGGAGAGCUGCGAAGAGAGCGAUGAGGACGAGUCGGUGUCGUCGGAGCGGCCCGAGCUGGCGGACGAGAAUGAGGUGCGCGUCAACGAGACGGGCGAGGUAUCGGUGAGCCGCGGCGGCUCGUUCCUCCGCAGCGAUUCGGAGGCGGCGGUGCCGACGGCGGCUCGGUGA